CUCCUCUGCCUUUCCUCCUCGGAUUCCAUGCAACGCGAAGAAAUCCUCUGACUUCAGGGGUGAGCUCUAAUUCAUGAGACGCUGAACAGUAGCUGACAUCGGACAGUUUUCUGUUCCUGAACACUCUCGCUCUACUGUUCCUCCUCUGCACUCUAGCAGGGAGAAACCAAAUCUUUUUUGCUCGUGCCGUUCAAUCGAUGUCGGGCCAGUUUUUACUACCAUCGGUUGGUAGUAAUCGUCUCUUCCCUGCUCCUGGAUUCUUUGUCAAAUUACUCAAUUUUACCUCUGGUCAAUCCACUUUAAUGACUUUAAUAUCUGGUUUUUCUCGGCAGCUUUUCCAUUCGUCGGCGCCGCCUGUUUCGUGCUGGGUUUGGUUUUGUCCGCCGUCUCUUUCUCUUCUCGUCGUGGCUCCUCUCACCAACGCUUGCGUGCUGUUCGUCCUGCCCCGAUCGAUUGAUCCGUCCUCUUCCCUGCCCCUCCUCCAGCCCCCUCUCUUUGAAUCAAUUGGUUGGAGGGGAGGGGAGGGGUAGUGAUGGCGGAAUUGGUGGGGCCGCGGGUGUACAGCUGCUGCCAUUGCCGGAACCACGUCUGCCUCCACGACGACAUCAUCUCCAAGGCCUUUCAGGGGAGGAAUGGCCGCGCAUUUCUGUUUUCUCAUGCCAUGAACAUAGCUGUGGGGCCUAAGGAGGAUAGGCAACUCAUGACUGGGCUGCACACGGUUGCUGAUGUCUACUGCCGUGAUUGCCGCGAAGUACUGGGCUGGAAAUACGAGAGGGCUUAUGAGGAGUCACAGAGAUACAAGGAAGGGAAGUUCAUAUUUGAGAAAGCAAAGAUUGUUAAAGAAAAUUGGUAGUGAUUAAGGAUUUGGGGUUUUUCAAAACUUUAUUGUGAAAGAUGUGAUCCAUGUCUUUGUUACUUUGUACAUAGCAGUCGCCUGUAAGUUCCAAUCACUGGGCUGCACAAUAUCGUGUUCAUGCCAUUUGUAAUCUGAACUUGUUGCUGUUCUUUUCUGUGAAUAAGACAGAUCUGUGCUGAUUUGUCUGGUAA